CGGGGACUUUACACACCUAAGCAUACUUUACACACCUUGGUAUAACUAUCAUAUGAGUUAUUCAGGUGUUGUCGAUGUGUCGUGCUGUUCAGGCCUGAGCCCGUCGGAGGUCCUAUUUGACGGCAGCGCGGAGGGGUUUGUUGUGUGGCCAGGCCUGGCGGUGCUGUGGUUUGAAUGGAGGAAGCGUCUUCCUGCAGGGUAAACAGUGACGACUAUAGGGCACACUUCCUCAGACUAACUCGGCCCAGGACUCUUAAAAACAACCCCAAAAUGGAAUCAGACAGUAAAAUAGUCGCACAGCUGAGUUCUGAACUCUACUUCCUAAUCGUCCGCUUUCUACAGGCUGGACCGUGCCAGAACGCAGCGGAGACGUUGAUCCGUGAGGUGGAGGAGAAGGAGCUACUGCCCACACGACGGGACUGGACGGGGAAGGAGCAUCAUGGGAGAUACGAGGAUUUGGUGAAGCUGUAUGGCCACAUCAGUCCGGACCACCUGCUGCAGGUGUGCCAGAGGGUGUGUCCUCUUCUGGAGAAGGAGGUUCCUGCCAGCGUCCCCGGGGUCCACAGUCUGCUGGGGGCGGGGCGACAGAGCCUGCUACGCACCAAUAAGAGUUGUAAACAUGUGGUGUGGAAGGGUUCGGCCCUGGCAGCGCUGCACUGUGGUAGGCCCCCAGAGCCGCCAGUCAUCUACGGGAGCCCGCCCAGCAUUGUGGAGACAGGUCAUAGCCGUCGUCUGAUUGGUUUGUACCGGCUGGGGCAGCUCCUUCCCACAGCGGUCUACGCACACAUGAAAAUGCACAAGAGGAUUCUGGGACAUCUGUCCUCUGUCUACUGCGUCACCUUCGACCGCACUGGACGCCGCAUCUUCACCGUAAGACCU